AUGCUAGCUCAUGGCAACAGCUUCAUAUGGUCAACAGAUGCUCGCAGUUUCCGAGCCAGCGCUGAUGACGGUGCUCUGUGUGGUCUUCUCUUGGGGCCCCUCCUGGCUACAACCAUGCUCAUAUCGGCUCUGGAAGAGGACGGCAGCACUGACGAAUCAGGGUCGUAUCUACCGAAUGGCCCGGCCCUUACCAACCCGCCAUGGAUUGUCGAAGGCCCUGUACCAAUCCUCCAGGGUCAAGCAGUGUCCUCAGCAGCAGCAUCGAUGUCCGCACUUUCGCUAUCAAGAUGUACCUUGCUAAGCUUGCAGACCAUGAUCAGCAUGAUCUUUCUCUCCCAUCUUUGUGCCACUCGAUGGGCCCGUCAGUGGCCCCAACGAACCUUGCAAAGCAAUUGGCAACGACUGCGCAGCUAUUCAGGGGCGUCAGUGGUCAUCAUAGGGCUGCUGUGGAUACUGAGGGAAGCCUUUGGUCACUUUGGUGUACCUCUCUGGACAGGUCUCGCUCGGUGGGAAAUGAUCAGCGCGUCCAUCCUGUUCCAAGCAAGUAUGUAUGCCAUCUCCCGCCUCGGACGACGAAGCUUUACUCUUGGGGAGCUGGGCAUCGUUGCAGCUCUGGGCGUGACUUUGAUGAUAGAGGCCAUGAAUCUUACCCUCGCUAAGCUCUUGCCGCAUACGACUCCUUACGUCAAAAGCUUCAGGCGUGCUACCCCACUACUCAUAUUUCAGCUGGCUCUGAUAGUCGGCACAUUCUUUGUGGGAUUUCUCCUCUCGCCGUUGCUCUACCUUUCUCGUCACUUAGCACAGAAGCCUCUCCACCGUCUGCGAUGGCCACACAAGCGCGAUUUGCACCGCCGGCUUUUGGCUGGCUUCUUCUACUUUUUUGCGGCACUUUUUGUAGCAGGUGCGCUCGGUCUAUGGGUGCGAUGGCUGCUUGGGCAGCGAGAUCCCUGGCUCUGGACCAUACGAUUCAUUGUCCUGGGCAAGCACUGGUGGACGCGUCCUCUGUUGAUUGCGUACUGGCUGGCAUGUAUCACUGGGAGCAUCGCUGGAUGGCAAGCUGUAGUAAGCCGCGCCAAGAAGUUCAGGGCAGCUUCCUCGGCCAUAGGCAAGCCCUUUACCACCCAGCCUCAGAUCAGUGUACCCCCAAACUCGGCAAAUUCUACGCCGGCAGUAACUCACUCAGCCGCUCGCGACGGAGCCCUGAUCAAGAGCAAGAAGACAACACACCUUAGUUUGAAUGCACGUAGGAAGUUCUUUCACGCCCUGGCCGUGAUCAUGUACGUUCCCGCAAUAGCGAUAGACCCGGCUUUUACCCAUUUGGCGUUCUCUUUGGCGUUUUCGGUCUUCACCUUUGCCGAGUACAUUCGCUAUUAUGCGUUGUAUCCCUUCGGUGCAUCUUUCCACAUCUUCAUGUCCGAGUUCACUGACCACAAGGACUCUGGGCCUGUAAUCCUCAGCCACUUCUACCUGCUCACCGGCUGCUGUGGAGGAUUGUGGCUGGAAGCUCAUAAGCAGAUAAUGCACCAGACCGGAGUUCUGAUCCUUGGCAUCGGCGACGCUCUGGCCUCGAUAGUAGGAAGGCGUUACGGGAGGCUGCAUUGGCCAGCAAGCUCCAAGACGAUCGAAGGCUCUGCUGCUUUCCUUUCGAGUGUCGUCUUCAGCGCCUGGUUCCUGAGGGUCAUUGGCUGGUGUCAAGACUUUAGCCUUCUCCGCUACACAGGAGUCGUCUCCAUUCUGUGCCUCAUCGAGGGGGUCAGUGAGCAGAACGAUAAUCUGAUCUUGCCCAUCUUUGGCUUCAUCUACUUGUCUCUCGCACACGUCUAA